AAGUAUGGAGUAAAAUAAAAAAAAGAAAGAAAGAAAGAAGAAAGCGUGUGAAUAUAUUUUAUUUUUGGAAAAAUAAAGAGCCUGGGUAAAGUAGGGGUCUCCUCCGAGCAAACAGUAGUGGUCACUGCCGGGUGGACUCCAUGGACGGAAGAAAACGGUUGAAACGCGCCGCAACCGCAUUUGAAGAAGAGCCGGCGAUCGGAAUCGAUCUGGGAACCACUUAUUCCUGCGUUGGAGUUUGGCGGCCACAGCACAACCGUGUUGAGAUCAUCCCCAACGAUUUAGGCAACCGUACGACGCCGUCAUGGGUUGCCUUCACCGACGUCCAACGCCUUGUAGGCGAAUCUGCCCAGAACCAGGCCCCCAUGAAUCCCUCCAAUACCAUCUUCGAUGUGAAGAGGCUGAUAGGUAGAAAGUUUAGUGACGUAACGGUGCAAAACGACUUGAAGCUCUGGCCUUUUAAGGUCAUCCCUGGCACCAAUGGCGGUAGUGGUGGUGGAAAGAAACCAAUGAUAUCCGUCACUUACAAAGGUGAAGAGAAGCUGUUCGCCGCUGAGGAGAUAUCUUCAAUGAUCCUCCAUAAGAUGAAGAGUAUUGCUGAGGCCUAUCUAGGCAAACAAGUCAAGAAUGCUGUUAUCACCGUUCCUGCCUACUUCAAUGAUGGCCAGCGCCAAGCAACAAAAGAUGCUGGUUUCAUUGCCGGGAUCAAUGUGCUGCGUAUCAUCAAUGAGCCCACAGCUGCUGCAAUUGCCUAUGGUCUUGACAACAAAAUAUCCAAAAGUGGUAGUUCUGCUUCAAAGAACAUACUGGUUUUUGAUCCUGGUGGUGGGACUUUUGAUGUCUCCAUUGUUACAAUGGAGAAGGAUAUGUUUGAAGUCAAGGCAGUUAAAGGGGACACCCACCUUGGGGGAGGAGAUUUCAAUAACAGGAUGGUGAGCCACUUUGUAGCUGAAUUUGAAAGGAAACACAAGAAAGACAUCAGUGCAAAUCCAAGGGCUCUAGGGCGCUUAAGAGCAGCUUGUGAAAGGGCCAAAAGAACCCUCUCUGCAACUACUGAAACAUCUCUUGAUAUUGAGUGUCUAUUAGAGGGCAUCAAUUUCUCUUCAAACAUCACUCGCGCACAAUUUGAGAAAAUGAAUUUGGAUCUGUUCAAUAACUGUAUUGAGCUAGUUGAGAAUUGUUUGAAAGAUGCCAAAAUGGAGAAGAGCCACAUUCAUGACAUUGUUCUCGUUGGUGGGUCCUCCCGUAUCCCAAAGGUUGAAGAAUUGGUACAAAAGCUCUUCUCUGGAAACAAGUUCUAUAAGAGUAUAAACCCAGAUGAGGCUGUUGCCUGUGGAGCAGCUUUUCAUGCUGCAUCUCUCACCGGUGCCUGUUUGGGUGUGAAUAAGGAUGUUGUGCUUUUGGAUGUUGCUCCAUUAUCUCUUGGGAUUAGGCUGCAGGGAGGUGAAAUGUCUGUUGUGAUUCCAAGGAAUACCCCCAUCCCUACAAAGAGGACAAAGCACAAUUACACAAAUGCUCAUGACAAUCAAACAUCUGCUUUGUUCUCUGUGUAUGAGGGAGAAAUGCCAAUAGCAAAAGACAACUAUUUCUUGGGAGAAUUUACCCUCCACAACGUUCCUCCAGUGCCCAGAGAUGUUGCUAAGUUUGAUGUUGAUUUUGAAAUCAAUGCCAAUGGCAUCUUGACUGUGUCUACAGUGCUGACGGGUAGUGACAAUAGGGACCAAAUCACUAUAACCAAUCACAGCGCUAGGUUGUCGAAGGAGGAGAUCGAUCGGAUGGUGAAGGAGGCUGAGGAGUACAAGGCUCAAGAUGAGGAGCACAAGAAGGCAUCAGUGGCUAAAAAUGCAUUGGAGAAUUACAUUCGCCACUUGAGGGGCACGUUGAGUAAAUUUGGAUAUAGGGUUGAGACAAAGGACAGAGUAAUUAUGCGAGAAGCAGUUGAGGAAACAGUCUGUUGGUUGGAGUGGAAUUACCUUCUCGGUGAUGCUCUCAAGUUUGAGGAAAAGAUGAAGGAGCUCGCAGUCAUAUGUGAGCCUCUUGUUACAAAGAUGGUGGAGUCUCGGCAGGGAAGUGUCAAGGUUGAGAUCAUUGACAUAGACGACUGACUAGUGGGCACUGAUGAAUCUUGAAACUCAGUUUUAUCAGUUGUGGUCUUUUGAUUUCUCUGGUGCAGUAUGCAAGAACUUCACCGGAAUUUCGUACAUCCAUAUGGUUUGACGACAUUGAUGAAUAUAUUGAGCUUGAAUGC